AUGAGUGUUGAUAGGUUGAAGGCGCUUUACAACUCUCAUUCACCGGCUUAAAGGUGAAACCAAAACAAUGGUCUUUCUAAACAAAGCAAAUAAUCAUGCUUUCGAGUUUUAGCUGUUCACUGUUUGGAAACGUUUGUCUGGAAACUGGUUAAACUGUGUAGAUUAUUGACAGAAUUGUUUUUGGACCCAAAUGGCUACACCGCUCUCAGAACCGGGUUUUUUCAAGAGUUUUUAAAACUCGUUUAAUGUGAUCGUGUGAUCUAGCUGUGGUUCGAGUUUGUCAUCAUGGAUGAUGGAAGCGCGGAGACUCAAGCGCUCAUCGGGAGCUCGAGAAAAGAUGUUCGGUCUCACCUGAACGGAAGAAGAAACACGGCUACUGAGUUCAAAGUUUACAAAAGGAGAUGGUUCAUCUUAUUUGUACUCUGCCUGCUAAAUGGUUCUAACGCAAUGGCAUGGCUGACUUUUGCACCUGUGGCCGACCAGACAGCACAGUAUCUGCAAGUCUCUCUAAAUCUGGUCAACUGGCUGUCGCUAGUCUAUGUAGUGGUUGCUAUCUUCGUCAGUUUGAUCACAACAUGGGUGCUAGACACACUGGGACUGCGCUUCUCGCUAAUCCUGGGCUCAUGGCUCAACAUGUUGGGCGCUAUCCUGCGUGUCAUUGGCAUGUUGAGCAGCAUCCCAGAGCGGGCCAUGUUCCCUAUAGUCAUGGGAGGCCAGACACUGUGUGCCUUUGCCCAGCCUUUGGUCAUCUUUGCCCCCACCAAGCUGGCAGCUCUUUGGUUCCCUGAUCACCAGAGGGCCACGGCCAACAUGUUGGCUUCCAUGGCAAACACUGUUGGCCUGCUGUUAGCGAACAUCUUCUCUCCAAUGAUACUUAAAUACACCAAUACUCUUUUCAUGCUGCUCUUAAUAUAUGCUAUACCUGCCAUCGUAGCCUGUUUCCUAGCAACUGUGGGGAUCCGUGAACGCGUUCCCCCGACGCCCCCUUCUGCCAGCAUGGUGACCUCCAGCUCUGAACCUUUUCUACAGGGGGUGAAACUGCUAUUGACAAACAAAGCAUAUGUCAUCCUGCUGGUGUGUUUUGGUUCAGGAAUAGGGAUAUUCACUUGCUUUUCCACAUUGCUGGAGCAGAUACUGUGUGUUAAGGGCUACUCAAAUGACUUUGCAGGAGUGUGCGGUGCAGUUGCUAUUGUAUUUGGUGUUCUGGGUGCUUUUCUCCUUGGCCUGUACGUGGACAAGUGCAAGAAGUUUACAGAAGUAACUAAAAUAAAUAUGAGUCUGACAUCCCUCGGUGCCUCGGUUUUUGCUGUGGUUUCGCAGUUAAGUGAUCAGAAGUUCGUAAUCGGUGCAGUAUGUGCGUGGUUUGGAUUCUUCGGGUACUCUGUAUAUCCCAUCGCAAUGGAGCUCGGAGUUGAAUGCUCGUACCCUGUGGGUGAAGCAACAUCCUCUGGAUUGAUCUUCGUGUCUGGACAAAUUCAGGCCGCCCUUUAUUUGCUCCUGCUACAAGCUCUGGCCACACCAGUGGCAGAAUCUCCAUUAUCUGUAUGUGCUUCUGGAACAGAUGCUGAUUUGAGCUGGACAGUGCCAGUGCUGGUGAUGGCAGGCCUGUGUGCUCUGGGCACCUGCUGCUUUGUUGCCUUUUUCCACACGGAUUACCGGAGACUCCGUGCGGAAGCCACAGCCUCACCAAAUACGGUGACAGACCAGUCAACAGGAGGAGACACCUGGGCAAACAGCAUUGAUGCAUAAAAGGAUGGACUGAUCUGACAGCAAGAGAAACCACUGACAAGAGUGUUUACGAACACUUUAAAAAGUCUUUUACCUCAUUAACAUUGAACAUGCAUGCCUUAAAUGCUAGUUUGUUUUAAACUCAGAAGUGGUACCACCUCAGCUGCAACUACUGUUACAUAAAGCCAAACUCAUUAAGUAAAAAAAAAAAAAAACAGUUUCUGUCAAAGGUAACUAAGACAGAAUGUUUUAUGCAAUUUUAAUCUUAAAUUAUAAAUGUUUUUACUGCAAUACAGGGUACAGGAAUCUAACGUUAUAUUUAAUGCAUUAAUAAUGAUUUAUAAUGUAGUCUUUUUAAGGUACAUAAGUUGUUGGUAGUUGUAAACUAAUGGUAUUAGUCAUUUUAUGAAAUUACAGAUAUAUUGAGUGCAAUAAAAUGUCCUAAGGACUAACGUUCUACCUUAAGUAAUAGUAGAAAUAAAGAUCAGUGGAAUAACCACCAUGGAAUUAAAAAAAAAAAAAAAUCCUCACAAUUCUGAUUUUUUAUUUUUUUUCCUCAUUUGGCAAGAUAUAUACGCAGAA